UACACUCCCUCUCUACCCAAGAACAACCUCAACAACCAGCACCAUGUGUGGCUACUACGGAAACUACUAUGGAGGCAGAGGCUAUGGCUGCUGUGGCUAUGGAGGCCUGGGCUAUGGCUAUGGAGGUCUGGGCUGUGGCUAUGGCUCCUGCUAUGGCUGUGGCUACCGUGGACUGGGCUGUGGCUAUGGCUGUGGCUAUGGCUAUGGCUAUGGUUCACGCUCUCUGUGUGGCUGUGGCUAUGGCUAUGGCUCUGGCUAUGGAUCUGGAUUUGGCUACUACUACUGAGGAGCUUGAUGGCAUCUCAUUUCACACAUGUGUGAUGUGAAGAUCCUCCAGCUUAGAUCCCAAGGCCUGGCAGCACCACACAAAACUGGAAUAAUGUGAGGCUGUGAUGGCCUAAAAUACAUUGGCAUCCAUCUAGAUCCACCACUCCUAAAUAUUUAUUCCACAAGCUUUGCAUAAGGACAAGAAUAUUAAUUUCAUUCUGUAUACUUACAAUAAACAUCG